CUUCUCUUUCCCAUUCAUUUAUCAGGCACCCAGUUUACUCAGUCUGCACCUUAGAUCCAGCCUCUAUGGAUACUGACCCUCACCCUCACCUACUCCACUUGAGAAACUUCACUUAUUUUUCCUUCUUCUCUGAGUUGCACCACUCUGACCAUGCUGCUGCCACUGCUGUUGAGACUGUGGCCAUCUCCACUGUGCUCCUGGUGUCCGUGGCAGCAAACAAGGGAGCUGCAGCAGCCUUGGUAACCUGGGAACGCAGACUGCUCGCCAACAACACCAUCCUGACCCUCAACUUGUUUGUGGCCGACCUGCUGUUUGUCAGCAUGAUCCCAUUGAUAGUGGCAGUGCUUUGGACCGUGUCCUGGACCCUGGGGUUCACCGCCUGUCACACGGUGCUGUUUGUCAUCUGUAUGAGCGGCUCCGUCACCAUCACCACCCUGGCCUCCAUCCGCGUGGAGACGGUCCAGGUGAUCCUUCCGAUGCAGACUGCGCCCACUCUGAACCCCUAGAUGGUGACCGCCACCGUCAUCUUCAUUUUGGCCUUCUCUGGACUCACUGCUCUACCCAUCAGCCUCUUCUUCACUGUGGUGGAAGUGGAUUUUCCUGAGCAGGAACGUCUACACAUCUGUACUCUCAAGUGGCCUGACUCCACUGCAGAGAUUGUGUGGAAUAUAUCCUUCACCGCCCUGUGCUUCCUUCUCCCAGGACUCAUUAUUGUUCCUAGCAGUGAGGACAUUAACAUGAUGCGGACAAUGAUACUGAGGAGCCACACAUUGAUUUUAGCUCUGAGAUGAGUGACCUCCAGUCCUCUGUGUAAAUCCUCUGACCUCCACAUCUCCCACCAGGAUAUGAAGCUCAGCCGCACUCUCUUGGUCCUCGUCUUCUCCUUCCUACUCAUGUGGAGUCCCAUCUUCAUCAACACCUUCCUCAUCCUGGCCAGAAACUUCCUCGGUCACCUGCACGUCUCCUCGACCGUGUUCUUCUGGGUGAUGACGUUCACACUGGCCAACUCGGCUCUCAAUCCUAUUCUAUACUCGGUGUGCCAGUUCAAGAACGGCUGGCGAAAGCUCUGCUGUGGUUCUGCCGUGGUGCCACUGCGGAGAGACACUUAA